AUGGUGGUGCCCAACAUACGAAACCCAAAUCGCCAUCGCACUCUUCAGGUAGCCACGCCAACCAAGUCACAGUAUGAUCUAGAACCUGAAAAUACCUUUGCAUGCAGGCACGUUGGAAGACGCACAAAGGGAGGAAUUGGAGGAGGAACUGCAGGUGGAUUUAUAAUUCUCCAUAGCAGCGAAGCCUACCGUUCCAAUGGAUGUAAUGGAACUGGCAACGGGAGUGCUGUUGCGAUUGUUCUUGCCUUGGUUGGCGUGUGCCUUGCAUUCAUUGGCAUCGCUUUCGAAUGUAGCAAAUCGGAAAAGAAACGCAACGAGAAUCGCGGUGACAUUGGGACCACUCGAAAUUCCAUUUAUCGUCAGCGGAGUCAACGAGCCGUUGCCAACAACAGCACCGCUCCAAGCAACGACAAUGCUACAUCGGCUAAUGCCGAUCAGAUUCAUACUACAUCAAACAUCAUCAACAGCCCAUCAGGUGGGGAUCCAACUCCAUACGUUACCGGACUCAUCAUUCCUGAACGGAAUAUCGCAAUGAAAUCGAACUUUUACUUUCAAACUGUGUUGCUGGAUAAGAGUAACAUUGAUCCAAGUGCCCUUAGAGAAGAAGCUGAAAUUGCUGGAGAUAGUGUGAUUGAAAAUGGUGUUCCACCUGGCAAAAGGGGAAUCAAUAAGGUUGCUAACAAUUCCUCUCAAGUGUCGUCCAGAUUUCUCAUGUCUGCUUGGAGACGAUCCACCCUGAACGACGAAUGUUCGAUUUGUCUACAAUCGUACGAACCUGGACAAACCAUCUGCUUGGCAAAGAAUACUCUGUGUAAUCAUGUCUUCCAUCAGGACUGCAUUGAGGAAUGGUUCAACAAGGAUCACUCAGAUUGUCCGCUGUGCCAAGUAAAUCUCGUUUGCAAACCGCUAUAA